CUUAUGCACCGUAGCCACACUUUGUACUAAGCUUUCUGGGGUUGUAGACAAGAUGAGAGGUUUACUCGCCCUAUUUCUGGUCGCGACUGUGCGGGCUAUGCCUGCCUUCGACCAAGAUGCGAAAGAACAAGGAUUGAUGACCAGCGUUAUGGGAGUUGUGAAGGAGUGUGUUGAAAACGACGUAUCUUUGUGCUUAAAGGAGAAGGCUUUGAAAUACGUUGAAUCGCUGUCGACUGCUAGAGAGAUGGAUUUGGCUGAUGGAGUAACACUUCUUGGUACUGGAUCCCCGAGGUCGGCGAGGGCGUUUGAACCUUUAUCUGAUGAACCACAAGCAAGAGAAGCUCAAGUGGAAUCAAGACUAUUGGAUUCAGCUGCUGACUUCUUAGAGAAUCACGUUAUACAGUUCAAACUACCAACAUCAGCUGUUGAAGGCAUGAAGCGAUCCUUGGAAGAGGCUCGUGGCAAAAAGAAGAAGUUGAAGCAACUCAUCCCACUCUUAGCGAUCGCUAAACUGAAGAUCAUGGCCCUUAUUCCUCUGUUCUUGGCUAUCAUCGCCUUUGCCGCCGUCAAGGCUCUCCUCCUCGCUAAGAUCUCACUUCUAGUCGCUGGUAUCAUUGCAUUGAAGAAGCUUCUAGCAAGUAAACACCAAGAAACUAGCUACGAGGUUGUAGCACAUCCACAUCACGAAGAGCACUUCGCAAGCAGUGGACAUGGUUGGGGACGGUCUAUCGAUGAUGCUCAGAACUUAGCGUACUCCGGUCAUAUUAAAUCAGAUUAAGCGAUGCAGCCCC